ACGAGGGUCGCCGCCGAGGCUUAUUUCUCGAGGCAGCAGAGCAAGCCGCUUUGAGCGUGGCGGCGGAACCCUUGUGCUGGGCUGCGCAGAAGGGAGGGCUGGUGUUACACAUUGCUCUGGGCGGCCGGGGGCGGAGCGAGGCGCGAUGGCAGCGGGGCAUCUGCAGCAGCUAUGGGGAGCGGCGGGACUCGGCUUCUCCCGAGGGGUGUUAAUGGGCCGCUUCGCCCCGCUGCGGCCUCUUGGUCUCCUGCUCCCGCCGCAGCCUCGGCCGCUGGUGGUGGGGAUUCGCGGGGCGGGAGGCGACAGUAGCCUGGACUCGAAUGUCUUCUACGAGAAGUACCAGCGCAAAAUCCAGGAGCUUCGCAGAUCCAAUCCAGAUAUUUUUGAAUCCCGAAUGGAGCAAAGAAAUGAUGUGAAAAAUCAGCCAGUGGGACAUUCGAAGCAAGCAGAGUUUGUCAGAUUCUUGGAGGAAAAGGCAGAUGCCUUGGGCAUCAAAGAAUCAACAAAAGGAUUCACAAAAAACAAGACACUUGAUUCUAUACUUAAUGUUGAAAUGAUGAAACGGAAGAAGCCAGAAGAAAUAAAACAGAUCUGGAAGCAAUAUUUUUCUGGAGAAGACACCGUUUAUGCAGUUAUUCCUGGAAAGACUUUUGAUGUGAUGUGGAAGCGAGUUCAGAACUGCCCAUCUUUUCUGUAUGCGUUGCCAAGGAAGGAGGGCUAUGAAUUUUUUGUGGGACAGUGGUCAGGAGCAGAGCUCCACUUUACUUCUCUCAUAAACAUUCAGACCCGAGGUGAAACUACAACUAGCCAGUUGAUCUUGUAUCAUUAUCCUGAGCUUCAGGAGGAAAAAGGAAUUGUACUGAUGACAGCAGAAAUGGAUUCUAGGUUUUUGAAUGUACCUGAAGCUCAGUGCCUAGCCAGUCAAGUGCAACUUUUUUAUGCCACAGACCGUCAGGAGACUUACAGUUUAGUGGAAACAUUUAACCAUCGGCCAGAUGAGUUUAAGUACAUGUCUGUAAUAGCUGAGCUUGAGCAAAGCAGACUUGGGCAAGAACUGAGGCCUCAACAGGACCCCCAGCAGGACCCGCUGCCUCCUACUGCUUAAGAGGUGCAGCAGCCACAAGCAGAGACAGCAGAUGUGGCAAGUGAUCUUGCUUUGGUGCUGGACCUGCUGCUUUCUCCAGAAGUAGUCCUGAUGAAAAAGGGUAGCAUUGGAAGCUGACGGGAAGAAUAUCAUACCAAAUGGACUGCUCUGGCUAUGGGCAAUAUGGAGGCACUUGCGCAACCUUGCUUGUUUCUGAACGGUAGAAGAAAAGGAGGAAAUAAAAUUGCAUUCAGACACUAGAAAGAGAAUAAAUAUUCAUCAUGUGGUUGAAAUUGUUCUCCCCACCUUACACUGGCCAAUAAAUUCUAGUAUUCAUGAAGAUUGUAAAUCUCCCUUGUUCUGUAGGGGAAAAGGAAAAUGAGGGGUGAGCUAACAGUCCUGUUAGUUGAUGCAUGUGGUAAGUUCCCAGACAAAAUAUAUUUUUCUAUUAUUGAUACAGCACCAUCAGUAUGCGUGUUUCCUUAUAGCAGAAGCAAAAAGGAUAACUUCCUCCCCCAUGAGGCUUAAAAGUUGCAAAUUUGACCAUGGGGAUAUCACAGAUAUAAAACGUUAAGCACAACCAUGCAUCUUAUAAGUGGAACUUAAAGCGUUAAUUGGCUUUUGAAAAAGAAUGCAUACAUUAGACUGCAUUUGAAGCUGUCCUCAUGAGAGGGUUCUGAGUGCCAACAACAUUGUAGUGAACAAGCUGUGUACAACUCUCAGUACAGGAAGUGUGUUGAGGUUAUUUCAUCAACAGCUGAUUAGUCUGUGAUACAUAGUUGGAAAAAACGACUGUUGCCUUUAUCAUCUAAACGUAUCUAUGAAAUACUAUCCCAUUUUCUUUGAAACAAGAAGGAUCAUGAGUCAAAAGUUAUUAGCCCCAUAGAUAUUAGAACUGGAUCAUGCACAAACUGUCCUCAUCAUUCACUUGUGACGCUAGAUAAAGUUUUUCUGUUGCCUUCUCCCUCCCUCGCCAAUUUUGUUUCAACACCUGUUGCUUAUUUCUCAGUUUGGUGUGGGAAGGUGGCAAACAGCAGGUUCGGGAAAUGAAACCUGGCAUUGCACAGGUCAGAUGUAUCUUUAGUGCAUCCAGGGAGAGAUGGCUGGAGAAGUCGAGACUGGCUCCAGUCUCAUGUUGGGUUCAGAAAUGGAUGUGUGAUGAGUCCCUUAUAUUCACAGUUAAAGGGCCAUUAUUAUGAACAGGGAGAGAAGCCCUACUCUUUGCAUUUUUAAAAAAAUCUCAAUAAUGUUUCCUAAAGAGAAGCUGUACGUUUUGAAUCAUAUCCUCCAUAUCCAAGACUCCAUUACCUGCAAUGUGGUAUUCACUCUGCCAAGAACAUUCAAACUUUGUGCUCAGGCUAAAUUAUUCAAAAUGUAUUCUUCUGCACAAAUUCUAAUUCUCAUUUCCUUGAAAACCAAAGUUUUGCAGUACCUUGAUGAAAACAGGUUGAAAAUAGCAGGAAAGCAAAGAAGAUGAAUAGGGCUGUCACUUGAUUAGAUAAAUCUGUUGAUUAAUCAUAUAUGCUUUAACUGAUUGAAACUUCCAUAUAUUUGCAUGCAAAUAAAAGCAAUCAUUCUGAAGAAAA